GUGGUUAGCAUACCUAAUACUAAAUAGAAAAUCUAGAAAAACACUACUGUGAAUAGUUCAGCGGUGUAUUUACAAAAAGAAGUUUAUAUAACAUGGCGAACGUACCUUUGGUUGUUUUUAACAAUGGCAGGUCGUGUCCUGUCAUCGGAUUGGGGACUUGGAAGUCGAAGCCAGGUGAAGUGGCCCAGGCGGUGAAGGACGCGAUCGACGCCGGGUAUCGCCAUAUCGACUGCGCGCAUAUAUACGGCAACGAGAAGGAGGUCGGCGAGGCCUUGAAGACCAAGUUCCUUGAAGGAGUCAUCAAACGAGAGGACAUCUUCGUCACAUCGAAGCUGUGGUGCACGUUCCACCGCCCGGACCUGGUGGAAGGGGCCCUGAAGACUACCCUGCAGAACCUGGGCCUGGAGUAUCUGGACCUGUACCUUAUCCACUGGCCUCAGGCUUAUAAGGAAGGAGGCGAACUCUUCCCCAUCGACGACGCGGGCAAAGCGAUCCCGUCGCCAGUGGACUACCUGGACACGUGGAAGGCUAUGGAAGCCCAGGUGGACAAGGGCCUCACCAAGAGCAUCGGCAUAUCCAACUUUAACAAGAAUCAAGUCGAUCGAGUCAUGGAAUCGGCCAGAAUUAAGCCAGCAGUCAUUCAGAUCGAAAUCCACCCGUACCUCAACCAGCAGAAGUUGAUCGACCACUGCAAGGGUCUAGGCAUCGCCAUCACCGCUUACUCCCCGCUGGGCUCCCCGGACAGGCCGUGGGCAAAGCCGGGUGACCCUCAGCUACUGGAGGAUCCGAGGCUUAAAUCUAUCGCCGACCGGUACAGCAAGAGUGUCGCUCAGGUUUUGAUCAGGUACGCAGUCGACCGCGGCCUCAUCGUGAUCCCCAAGUCUGUGACUCGAAGCCGCAUCCAACAGAACCUGGAUGUGCUGGAUUUCCAGCUGUCGCCCGAGGACGUUGAGCUGGUAGCCUCUCUGGAGUGCAACGGACGCCUCUGUACCAUGGGAGACGUCCACCAUCCCGACUACCCGUUCCACGAUGAAUACUAGAUAAUAAAUAUAUUGCGCUA